AUGACAGAUAUCUAUGAGUAAAAAAAAUAAGAUGAGUGUUAAAUAGAUUCAUCAGAACAGGAAAAUAAAACAACUAAUAAAAUAAAUACACUUAUAAAUGAAUAAUAGGAUUAGACUUAUUAAGAAUAGCAACCUUUAAAUGUUUAAGAAGUUUAAAGUGAACAUUCGAUGAUUACAAUAUAAGAAGAAGAAGAAUAAAAGUUUUAUCCAUACUAUCAUGGAUAAAAUUAUUGGUUUAUUUCUAAGUUUGCCUUUUUAGAUCUGACAGGAUAUUAAUUAUUUCUAAAAAAGCAUGUAUUAGAAAAAGGGCAUAAAAUUGAAGAAAAACACUUGCCAAUAUUAUCACCUUGGGAAGAUUUGAAAAAAACAGUAUAAAAUUCAAAAUAUAGAGUAAAUUAAUAUAAAUAAAUUAAUUGUGGUGAUAUAGUUAAAAUAAUAUUUUUUGGCUAAUUAAAAUGGUUAAGUUUGGGAUGUUUUUUUUGUCAUUUUACAGAAGCUAUUGCAAAAAGUUGUAUAUCAAUAGUAAUGAGUAAAUUGAUUAAGAGUGUAGGAAGAGAUGAAAAAGAUAAUGCAUAUGGAUUUGCUGUAAUUUUAACAUUUUUAAAUUUGUUAAGUAUUGUAACUAUGCAUCAUGGAUAUAAUUUUGCAAUGAUAUUUUCAUCAAAAGCAAGAAUGACACUUAUAAAUUUAGUGUAUUUAAAAUUAACAGAAUUAAGUGCUUAUUCAAUAACAGAAGCUAAUAUAGGUAAAAUUUUAAAUUUAGUAUCUGGAGAUAUUAAUUAUCUUGAAUAUGUAUUUAUUACUAUAUUUUACAGCAGUAUUUGUUUUGUUUCAAUAAUUUUUGGAUGUUAUAUAUUAUGGGAUAGAUUUAGUGGACCUAUAGGAAUGAUAUCAUUUGCUAUAAUAUUUAUAGUAUAUCCAAUUUAGAUAGUUCUUUAAUAUUUUAAUUCAAAAACACUUAAGAAUUCAAAGCCUUAUUAAGAUCAUCGUUUAAAACUUACUAAUGAACUUAUUGAAGGAAUAAGACUUAUUAAAAUGUAUGCAUGGGAAUAAGCUUUUUAUAAAAUGAUUUCAAUAAUGAGAAAAAAAGAAUAUAUUUGUUUGUUAAAAAUAAAUUUUAGAUCAGCUUUAGAUAGAUUAUUUAGUUUGAUUUCUUAGAUUUGGUCUAGCUUUAUAUUUUUUGUUAUUUUAUAUUAUGGAGGUUUUAGAGAAACAAUGGAUGUAGCUGAGAUGAUUUCCACAAUUUAAUUAUUAACAUUUUUUAAAUUAAGUUGUGUAUUUAUGGUUUCUUAUGGAAUUUAAUCAAUAAUUCAUAUAAAAGUAUCAUUUACAAGAAUAGCAACUAUUUUAAAUAUUGAGAAUUCAGAAAUGAAAAAUUUAGAUGAGAUUAAUGGAAAAGAAUAAGAAAAUAAUUAAACAUAAAAUUAUAUAGGUCCUAGAAUUAAAUUAUAAAAUUUCACCUCAUUUUGGACAAGUUAAGUAACUGAUGAAACUAAACCAAUUCUUAGAAAUAUUACAUUAGAAAUUUAAGAAGGUGAAUCUUGGGCUUUUAUUGGAAAAAUAGGUUGUGGAAAAUCAACUCUUUUACAUGCAUUCUUAUAUGAGAUACCAGCAUAUAAAGGUUCAUUCAAAAUUGAUGGUUAAGAAGCAAAUAAGGGAAUUUUAUCAAUAGCAUAUGUAGAAUAAGAACCAUUUAUAUUUCCAGAUACAAUUAGAAAGAAUAUUUUAUAUGGAAGACCUUAUGAUAAAAUAUUAUAUUAGAAAGUGUUAUAAGCAUCUUAAUUAGAAACAGAUUUAUCUGAAAUGAAAUAUUAAGAUCAUACAGAAAUAGGAGAAAGAGGAAUUACACUUUCUGGAGGAUAGAAAGCUCGAGUAUCUUUGGCUAGAGCAUUAUAUUAACAAGCUGAUUUAUAUUUAUUAGAUGAUCCCUUAUCUGCAGUUGAUGCUAAUGUAGCCAAAAAUAUAUUUCAUAUGGCAAUUAAGGAUUUUAUUUUUUCAUAUUAAAUAUAGAGAAACCCAGAAAAAAAGAAACCUAUUGUUAUUCUUGUAACUCAUUAAAUCUAAUAUGCUUUAGAAUGUAAUAAAAUAGCUAUUUUAAAUCAAGGAGAAUUAAUUGCUUAAGGUUCUUAUGAAGAUAUUAAAUCAAACUUAUACAUGAUUAAUGAAGAACUAGCAUAACAAUUAAAUAACAUUAAAGAAUCAAAAUAAAAAGAAUAUGUAGUAGAACCUCCUAAAAAAAGAAAAAAAAUUAAAACUAAAGUUACUAACAAUCUUAUUGGUAAUGAAGCUGAUCAAUAAUAAUUAAUAACUCUAAAAACAUAUUUUAGAUAUUUCUAAUUUUGGAAUAUAAUUAUUAUCAUUUGUGUUUUACUUUUAGAAGCGGGUUCUGAAGUUAUUCUUAAUUAUUAUUAAAGAAUUAUUUCUCUUUUUUAAGAAUAUUAAGAUUAAAAUGAUAUUGAUACUGCUUACUAUCUAUUAGGAAUGUUAACUUUAGGUUUAUUUAUUUGUAAUUUAGUAAAAUAUAUAUUGAAUACAUAUUCAGUACAAACUUCUAAUUAAAAAAUACAUUAAGAAAUGUUAAAAUCUUUAACAUUAGCACCGGUUUCAUAUUUUGAUGUUAAUCCAUCUGGAAGAAUUCUCAAUAGAUUUUCUAAUGAUUUAUCUUUAUGUGAUAAUUAAACUAAUUCUGUUAGUUUGGAUGUUUUGGAAAUAAUAGGUAAUUUCUUAUUUGCUCUUAUAACAUUAGCAAUUUUAUAACCCUAUUUCAUAAUUCUAAUUGUUUUUAUUAUCAUAAUAGAUGUAUAUUAGUUUAGCUAUGCUAAGAAAAUUAUAAGUUAAUUAAAAGAGGUUGAAUUAAUGUAAAAAAGUCCUUUAUUUGAUUUCUUAAAGAAAACAUUAGGAGGAGUAAUUCAAAUGAGAGUUUAUCAAUAAUAAAAUUGGUUUAGAGAAUAAUUUUUAGAGCUAUCAAAUAAAUGUAAUCUUAGUGGACUUUCAUAUUAUUAUUCUUCAAGAUCUUUUGGAUUUAAUUUAGAUAUGGUAGGAUUUAUUGUUUAAACAAUUGGAAUAUUUAUAUUUUUAAAGUUGAAUUAUGAUAACAUUGCAAUUUUAUCUUAAGGUUUAUUAAUAUUAUCUACAUAUAAUGAUUUAUUAUAAUGGGGAUUAAGACAAUUAAUUACAUAUGAAACAUAAAUGAAUUCAUAUAAUAGAAUGUUUUAAAUAAUAGAUAUAAAUCCAGAGCCUCCUCAUUAUAUUAAAGAAGAUGAUAAACAUACAAAUUUUCCAUAAGAUGGAAGAGUUAAAUUUGAUAAUGUUUUUAUGAGAUAUAGAUAGAAUUGUGAUUUAGUACUAAAAGGAUUAUCAUUUGAAAUUUAAAGUGGAGAAAAAGUUGGAUGUGUUGGAAGAACAGGAGCAGGAAAAUCAUCAAUUAUUUAAGCUAUUUUUAGAAUGGCAGAAAUUGAAGAUAAUAAAGAUUCUAAAUUAUUAAUUGCUGGUUUAGAUAUUAGAAAAUUAGGUUUAAAUAAAUUACGUAGUAAUAUUGGAAUUAUACCUUAAUCACCAUUCUUAUUUACUGGAACUAUAAAAAGAAAUUUAGAUCCUUUUCAUAAUUAUACAGAAGAAUAAUUGUGGAAAGCAUUAGAAUAAGUUGAUCUUAUAAAUCAUGUUAAAUCAUUAUAAAAUGGUAUUUUAACUGAUAUGAGUGACGUUAAUUCUGUUUUUUCUGUUGGUUAAAAAUAAUUAAUUUGCUUAGCUAGAAUAAUAUUACAUUAAAAAAAAAUUAUUGUAUUAGAUGAGGCAACUGCUAAUGUUGAUAUGAAAACAGAUGAUUUCAUUUAAGAAACAUUAAAAACUAAAUUCUCAGAUUGUACAUUAAUUACUAUAGCACAUAGAUUAAAUACAAUUGCUGAUUAUGAUAAAGUUAUGGUUAUAAGUGAAGGAUAAGUUAUUGAAUUUGAUACACCAUUUAAUUUAUUAGCUAAUUCAUUAGACUCUAUUUCUGUUGAUAAAAAUACUGAAUUUUCUAGAUUAGUAAAAAACACAGGAGAAUAAAAUACUUAAGCCAUUUUUGAUAUUACCAAAUCAAAAUAACUAAAAAGAUGA